AUGAACGAAAACGACAAGAUCAGUACGGAGUCAUUUCCAGUCUCCCAGCUUACUGGAGAACUACCGCCUGCUACUCAGGAUGAUCAUCUGCCAGUCACCCAUCCUCUCGCUGCUGAGGACAAUAUCCAGGAGGGCAAAACAUUGGCGCCCUCAAAGAAGCCACCCAGACCACCUCGCAAAGUUCCUACCUCCAGCCAGGAACCCGCUACCAUGAACCCCAAAGACUUCAAAGAGCUCAUGAUACGACUUCGCCUUGAUACCUGGAAAGCAAACGCUCAAGUUGUGCCUAUCCAAAACCAGGUCGACGUAACAGCCUUUUGGAGUCCACAGUGGGCAGGCAUUAUAGCAUCCGACCAUUGGAUGAAUGUAUUCGAUGGCUUCGACCGACUUUGGGUUAUACCGUUCGAUUCGGAAACACCUUUGCCCGCAGAGAAGCAGGCUAUCGCAGACAAUCUCAAGAAACGUCACAAUGAACUUCGGGACGUGUAUCGCUCAAGAACGGCCCAAGAUAGAAGCUUCCAUAACAAAAUGCUACGUCUUAUUGAAGACGAGGUCAAGGAGACUUGCCAGAAUCUUUGGGACGCAAAUUUCUACGAAUCUCGUAUGGCCUCGACGCCCUGGAAUGAGGUCCGGCAGACAUACGACCUCCCUACUUUGGUCUCCAUGAUAGCCCGAACUCGACUACAGAACGAGACAGAACAGCUGCCCGGAUACCACAAAGUCCUUGUUCUUGAAUUAGGAACUAACCGUAAAGUAACCUACCAGCGCAUCAGUGUGCCUAUUGGCAGCAAUCUGAACGGACUCGUCUCGCGUUUGGACAGCUGGUAUCCCCACGACGAUGAGCACAGCGCCCACAUUAUUAAGCGUUUCCGUCAGAAACUUGAUUCUCUUUGGAAGCGUGGCGAUGAAACUCAAAAGCGGAAGCUACAAUCGAUGCACCGACAAUUGGAUCGCUUUGUCACGCCAUCUGAACAAGACUGCGAGCUGUCUCAGUGGAUCUUCAGGUUAUGGAUGAAAACUGACUACAGUAUCCCCUUUGGAAAAUCGCCAGACCGUGUCGGGACAUGGACGAGGUUGAAGGAGGAUACAUACCAAGAGCUACUCACUGGCUUGUUAGCCAAGAAACAUCCGAUUUUUGUUAGACCCUGGAAGAUUCGACUUCGCCGAUUGUGGACCGAGAUAGAGGAGCUUGAGAAGCAGGUCGAAGAGGGGCAUGGUGAAAUUGGUCUUUCCGUAGAGCAGCUGGAAAUGGUGGACUUGCUGCUUGUAUACCGGACUGACGAGGAGAGAGAACAAGCGGCGAAGUCUAAACAAGCCCUUAACAUGGCGAAGAUGGCAAUACUCUGA